AUGAAGUACAUUUUAAUUCAUGUCUUUUCCUUUCCAGGCGGCGGAUUAGGAGUCAAGGAGGAAUUGGUAGAAUUUGAAAAAGACCCAUUCAUUACAAAUAUUUCUCCAUUGGUAAUGGAUAGCUCAAAAGUCAAUCUCUUUUAUCUAGACGAAGGGAAGUACGUCUUCUCGGCUAGUCUUCCUGUUGCGUGCAGAGAGUUAUAUGAAAAUAUAAAAGGUUGUUGUUUAAACUAUUCACAAGAUGUUACUGGAGUGUUGCUGUCAGAUGCGAUUCGAUACAGUAUAGAAACCAAAGGAUGCAUUCUGAAUACAAGAUUAGAGGAAAAAGCAAGUGGGUUCGGGAAAAAAGAUAUAAAAGGGACAUAUCUCCGCAUAACUCUUGGCCAACUUUCGGGAAAAUCCCCUGGAGUACCUUACGUUUUAGAAAUAUGGCCUAAAGGUCAUUACAGUCCAGUUCAUAAUCAUGGAAACGCAAAUGCCAUCAUUAAAGUUCUUUUUGGAUCAAUUCAUUUCAUGAUUUACAAUAAACACAUAUGUGCUACAGAUUCAAAGCCGCUGAAAGAGUUUGAUGCAAAGAAAGGUGAUAUCACGUGGGUCGACCGUAACUGGUACCAGACGCAUAAACUGGUAAACAAGAGCAACGAUUUUUGCGCUACUAUUCAGUGUUAUAACUACGACCCGGACGACAAAACGCAUUGGCCGUACUUUGAUUACAUCAGCAACAACGAAAACAUGGCGGAAUUCAUGCCUGAUUCAGACUUUGGAUUUCGUGAAAUGCAUGAAAACAUUGUGAUGGAAUACAAAAGUCGCACUUUAAACUGA